GUCUGGUCAAACCCUACCGAAAAAGCAAAGCAGCGUUAUCUAUUGACAAGGGAGAGGACACAAUUUUGACAUAGGUUAAAAACAGGACAUUAUUGAUAAGGUUACUGGCAUCUUAACAGCGACAGCCAUCCUUUAAAAAAAAGAUGUGAGGUAUUUAGAAGACGAUUGUGAUAGAUAAAGAAGCCCCGUGUAGCCUGAUGAUUCACAUGCCGUCAUUUUCAGAGGAAAUAUUUAUUUUUAAAAUAUUUUUCACCCGCCCUCAAAUGUGCUUUAGUUAGGUGGAGAGCGGAUUGCAAUCGCCCCCGUUAUAAACCUGAAAUAUAUUAAGGAGAAUAAAUAGGCAUUCGAGGAAAAUAGGGCUUUGCUUGUGUGUGGAAAUGGAUUGAAUGGCAGUGUGAGAUAUCUGCCGAAGAUGGGCUCAGGAGACAUUUACUGAGAAAAUCGUCAGAGUGAAAAUAUUUAUAGAAAAAGGAAGGGGGGAAAAGCCAGUGUUUGAAUUUCAAACAUCUUUAAGGAAAUCGGACUGCCGACUUUCAUUCAUGUUCUUCGAGAACCUGUAAUUUUCACAUCCACUCUUAUAUCAGUAUUGAUGACUUCAUUGCGGAUUUACAGUGAAAAACACAGGAAUCAAGUGUUUGAGAGGGCGGCAUAAUUUCUCUCCUCCUGAUCUCUUGCUGAUAAAUCGCCAAUAAAAACCCACAUCCAUCCAUCCACACAGUGCCAAAGCUCGGUGAAGCCCACCAUCUACUACUUGACAUCUGGCGACAUAAAUGUCACCCAUUUUGAGCCAGGUGUUUCUCUCCUGGGCCAGUUCAGGAAUUUAAGAUUGGCUGAUUUUUCUUCUCAACACCCUGCCUACUACCUCCCUUCCAACAUCCAACCAUACAACCACCCUGCUCCCCCCACCCCCUGAACCUAGAGCUGGGUUUCUGGGAAGAUGGGCUGUCUUGGCAAUAGUAAGACUGAAGACCAACGAAAUGAGGAGAAGGCACAGAGGGAGGCCAACAAAAAAAUAGAGAAGCAGCUCCAAAAAGACAAACAGAUAUACAGGGCAACUCACCGGCUACUACUAUUAGGUGCUGGUGAAUCCGGGAAAAGUACGAUAGUCAAACAGAUGCGAAUAUUGCACGUUAAUGGCUUCAAUGCAGAGGAGAAAAAACAAAAAAUUCAUGACAUUAAAAACAACAUUAAAGAAGCUAUAGAGACCAUUGUGGCUGCCAUGAGCACACUCACACCUCCUUGCCUGAUAGCAUGUCCUGCAAACCAGGUCCGGAUCAGUUAUGUCCUGAACUUAGUCAACCAGAAGGAUUUUGACUUUCCCUCAGAGUUUUAUGACCAUGCAAAGAUCCUUUGGCAGGACGAGGGUGUGCAGGCUUGUUGGGAAAGGUCCAACGAAUAUCAACUCAUUGACUGCGCACAGUACUUCUUGGACAGGAUUGAUGUGGUCAGGCAGCAUGACUACACACCCACCGAUCAGGACCUCUUGAGAUGCAGAGUACUGACAUCUGGGAUCUUUGAGACAAGAUUUCAAAUAGACAAAGUCAAUUUCCACAUGUUCGAUGUCGGGGGUCAGAGGGAUGAACGCCGAAAAUGGAUCCAGUGUUUUAACGAUGUGACAGCUAUCAUCUUUGUGGUGGCGAGUAGCAGCUACAACAUGGUGAUCAGAGAAGACAAUCAAACUAACAGACUACAGGAAGCUCUCAAUCUUUUCAAGAACAUUUGGAACAACAGGUGGCUACGGACCAUUUCGGUAAUCCUCUUCCUGAACAAACAGGACCUACUUGCUGAAAAGGUUUUGGCAGGGAAAUCUAAAAUCGAGGAGUAUUUCCCAGAGUUUGCACGGUACACCACACCUGAUGAUGCAAUACCAGAGCCAGGUGAAGAUCCCCGGGUUACCAGGGCAAAGUACUUUAUACGGGAUGAGUUUCUGAGGAUCAGCACAGCCAGCGGUGAUGGACGACAUUACUGUUACCCCCACUUCACCUGCGCUGUCGACACAGAAAACAUCCGCCGCGUCUUCAAUGACUGUCGGGACAUCAUACAGAGGAUGCACCUACGGCAGUACGAGCUCUUGUGAUAUGUUGUGGCAUCAGGUCUACGUAUCUACCUACCAACCUACCUAGCAACUCCCCACCACCACCAUGACCAGUUAGCCAAUCACCCAUUCACGUCUACCAUCUUCACCUAACUUUGAAGCAAGUGGCUGAGCGCCUGCCAUCCUCUCCACCCUCAUACGACUUCUCCCAGUAAUACAAGUUCAGAAAAACGGAACAGUGAGAAAACUUUUUCUUUCUUCAAAACUUAAAUAAAAAAAAAAGAAGGAACAGUUUUACCCACAGCAGUUUCAUCGACUGUCAGCCUGGACUGACAGUUUGACCCAGGAAAGAGGGUCAAGACUGGAAACCCUCAGUGUGGGUGAUCUCUCCUGUUGAAUUUCUCUCUCAGAUAUAUGAACACAAACUCACUGGUACACAGACACACACACUAAAGAAUAAGACAUUUAGACAUUUGCAUAAGGUUUCAUAGUGCAACCAAACACACUAUCGUUUUAAAAAAACCAAGCCACAGAGAGAAUCGAAUAAUAAUGAUGCUUUAUGAGAAAAAGGAAUUUAUUCACCCCGUGCUGAAGAGGAAGAGAAGAAAAGAACAAUGGACAGAGAGGGUGGCAAACUGAUACAGAGGAGGGCUGUCAGCUUUUUCAGGCCUGGGGAAGGACUUACAGACUCAUUGAGUAAUGGUGGCCUGCAGACAAGAGCAUGACUUGGAGAUAAAGCCGCACAGCUCACAUGACCUGCUCUUCAUGGUAGAGUCGGGGAAAGAUGGCAGAAAACAAAGAAAAUACAAAAAAAAAAUACCAUAAGAUGCAUAGAUCCAUGCAUACCAGUGAACUCCAUGCAGUGCAAAAAAUCCAAG